AUGAAGAGAGACAGAUGAGAAAAGAAGAUGCUUCUAAUGGACUAAGGAGGUGCUUUCUUAAAGUGUUUGUGUGUACUUCAGAAAGAGGUACAGGUUUUGGAAGGCGCAGAGGCCCAACUUUUACAGAAGAAAAGAUUUCAUGAAAAUAGUGAUAUUACAUUAAAAGAAAUACUCGUAUCCUCUGCCACUUUAUUUCAACUUCUAUUGCCCUAAGAAAGAGCCUGUUUGAAGGCGGGAACAAGGAGUGCCGGCAGCAGUCUCCUCCCUCCACCUUCUUCCUCAUUCUCUCCCGAGCCUGCUGAGCCCUUUGCUCCCCUGGCGACUGCCUGGACAGGCAGCAAGGAGUUGUCUCCCAGUGCGUUUUGCCCUCCUAGCUGCCAACUCUGGCUGCUAAAGCGGCUGCCACCUGCUACAGUCUGUUACACAGCCUCGGGAAGAGGAAAGGGACCUCGGACCUUCCAGAUUGCUUUCUCUAGCAAGAAACUGUCACAGGUUGAAGUGCAAUGGUGUGAUCUCAGCUCACUGCAACCGCACCCUCCUGGGUUCCAUCAAUUCACCCUCCCGAGUAGCUGGGACUACAGGAAUAAAGAUGGCUGCUGAACCAGCAGAAGACAAUUGCAUCAAUUUUGUGGCAAUGAAAUUUAUUGACAGUAUGCUUUACUUUAUAGCUGAAGAUGAUGAAAACCUGGAAUCAGAUUACUUUGGCAAGCUUGAAUCUAAAUUAUCAAUCAUAAGAAAUUUGAAUGACCAAGUUCUCUUCAUUGACCAAGGAAAUCGGCCCCUAUUUGAAGAUAUGACUGAUUCUGACUGUAGAGAUAAUGCACCCCGGACCAUAUUUAUUAUAAAUAUGUAUAAAGAUAGCCAGCCUAGAGGUAUGGCUGUAGCCAUCUCUGUGAAAUGUGAGAAAAUUUCAACUCUCUCCUGUGAGAACAGAAUUAUUUCCUUUAAGGAAAUGAAUCCUCCUGAUAACAUCAAGGAUGCGAAAAGUGACAUCAUAUUCUUUCAGAGAAGUGUCCCAGGACAUGAUAAUAAGAUGCAAUUUGAAUCUUCAUCAUACGAAGGAUACUUUCUAGCUUGUGAAAAAGAGAGAGACCUUUAUAAACUAAUUUUGAAAAAAAAGGAUGAAUUAGGGGAUAGAUCUAUAAUGUUUACUGUUCAAAACGAAGACUAGCUAUUAAAAUUUCAUGCUGGGCACGGUGGCUCACGCCUGUAAUCCCAGCCUCAGAGGUCAGGAGUUCAAGACCAGCCUGACCAACAUGGUGAAACUUCGUCUCUACUAAAAAUACAAAAAAUUAGCUGGGUGUGGUAACCCAUGCCCACAAUCCCAGCUACUCGAGAGGCUAAGGCAGGAGAAUCACUUGAACCCGGGAGGCAGAGGUUGUGGUGAGCCACAAAUGCGCCAUUGCACUCCAGCCUGGGCAACAAGAGCAAAACUCCAUCUAAAUAUAUACAUACAUACAUACAUACAUACAUACAUACAUACAUACAAAUUUCAUAAUGUAAACUGUCUGAAUUUUUAUGUUUAGAAAGAUUAUGAGAUUCUUAGUCUAUAAUUGUAAUGGUGAAACAAAAUAAAUACUGGUCUUGAAAAACA